AGAUUAUUGACACAUCAAUUGAUUCUCUCUCGUUUCUGUUGCUGCUGCAACAUCAAACAAUGCAUAUGAUUACUCAAAUGGGCAUGCAUCGACAGUUAGCUCUGUUAUUGUUUCAAACUUGAAAACUGGUGUCAGAAAAGGAGCAUGGGACAAAGUAGAGAUUUAGUGAGGCCAAUAUGGAAUACUUUAAGGAUCUUGCAAAUGCUUAAGAACCAAAGUCCAUGUGAUGAAAAUUCUUACAUGUUUGAAGGACAGUUUAUGGUGAUUGCUUGCGCAGACUCUCGGGUUUGUCCCUCAGUUGUCUUGGGAUUUCAACAUGGAGAAGCAUUUGUAAUCCGCAACAUCGUGCCUUCUUAUGAGAUAUGCAAUGAGAAUUCAAGAUCUUCUCAACCAAUGCUUUAUUUUAUACAUCACAUUGGUGCUAAUUGGUUUAAUGUCUCCACAAGUUGUUUAAUGGCUGCCAUAGCAUGCGUUGUUGGAUUACAUUAUGGGCACAUUCUUGUUCAUGUCAAGAAGUUACAGAAGGCUAAAGUUACCCAAAAUGUAUACAAUCUCUGCCACAUUGGUCUCAAGGAUUUUUCUGUCCAAGUUGCACCAGAUGAGAUAGAGCUGGUGGAUACACUAGAUUGUUAAGAACAAGAAUACGUGUUGGUGAUGCUGUACCUAUGGUUCCUAUAUUGAGUGCGAUAUUUACCUUAUUUGCAUUUAGCUCAAGAACCGAUUAUAGCUUUUGUUUAUUUUGAAUAUAAACUGUAAAGAAAAUAUAUAGCAAAAAGUUACAUUGGAAAAGGCUAUCAUCUAAAAUAUUCAUGAAA